GCCCGGCCGCGAUACCGCGCGCGCGCGCCCGGCGCGGCGCUUCCCAUCGGCGCCGUCAUGUCCCUGGGCCGAGCGGCGCGGGGCCAUGAUGCGCCGCGCCCUGCGGGUGCUGCUGGACAUGGACGGCGUGCUGGCCGACUUCGAGGGCGGCUUCCUCCGCAAGUUCCGCGCGCGCUUCCCCGAGCAGCCCUUCGUGGCGCUGGAGGACCGGCGCGGCUUCUGGCUGUCGGAGCAGUACGGCCGCCUGCGGCCCGGGCUGAGCGAGAAGGCCAUCAGCAUAUGGCAGUCGGAGAAUUUUUUUUUGGACCUUGAUCCUCUUCCAGGAGCCAUUGAAGCUGUGAAGGAGAUGGCCAACCUAGAAAACACGCACAUCCUCAUCUGCACGAGCCCUAUCAGGAUGUACAGACACUGUCCCUACGAGAAGUAUGCCUGGGUGGAGAAGCACUUAGGCACGGACUUUCUGGAACACAUCGUGCUGACCCAUGACAAGACCGUGGUUUCCGCUGACCUCCUUAUAGAUGACCGGCCAGACAUCACAGGGGCCGAGCCCCACCCCAGCUGGGAGCACAUCCUCUUCACCGCCUGCCAUAACCGCCACGUGCAGCUGCAGCCCCCCCAGCGCCGACUGCAGUCCUGGGCUGACGACUGGCGAGCCAUCCUGGACAGCAAGCGGCCCCGAUGAGUGGACUCGGGGCUGGCACUCUGGGGGCGAGGCCCUCUCACGGCUCACGUGGGCCCCACACUGCUCUUGGGGCUGGGCUGCGGGGCUACAGCUGCCGGGGGCACUGAGGACGCCGUGGGGGGCCCAGCAGCCCCUGGCCACUCAGGGAAGCCCCUCCCGGGUCUGCAGCCCACUGGCCUUGGCAUGGGGGCUGGUGAGGGAAUGUGUAGUCGGAGGAGAUGGGAAUGAGCCCCCACUUUCUCAGCCCAGACCCCAACUCCCUGCCUGCCUCUGCGCCCAGCACAGCACAGGCCUGAGUGUUCGAGGCACGAACAAUAAAUGCUGCCCACUGGG